CAAAUGAAGCAAAGAAAACCCACCGAAUCCGGACUGUCAAGAGGAAUGGGAGAGUUACUAUACCCUCUGGAAAAAAUUGACAACAGAAUAUAUGAUCAACUAAUGACGCCCUUUGAAUUAGACGAACUCAUUAACACAAUUAAUGAACAACCAACGCACAAACCGCCAGGGCCCACAGUCGACUCUGAUGCCAAUUUCAUAGCUUACAUCGAUCCUAGAACACGCUCAUACAAACAAAAGAGAACUCUGGCUGCUCUUGCAAGACAUGUCGAAGGCCUUCAACUCAGUACAUGUACCAACCUUACUAGAGGCCUUAAAGAGAAUCAGAAUUCCAACUUCCUUCAUUAA